ACGGUGGUGACGGUGUGUCACGGCCGCCGGUCCGGUCGUCCGGACGGAAACGUCCAGCGGCCGUGGUUGAGCAAUGUCUGGUGCACGACCUCCCCUAUAAAGCGAAAAAGGACGUCACCAACGCUGACUUGGAAGCUUGGCGGAACUGAAGUUUUCUUUCGUGCCGUCCUCCCGAGCGUGCGUGGUGCGUCGAGCGAGUACCAGCAGAAUGGCAGCAACGUCGGCGCAGCCGGAUGGCAUCGUGGUCCCCAAGGAGGAGAUGCAAGCGUUCAUCGUCCGCUGCAUGCGCAAGGUCGGCACGGACGACGCUCACGCGGAGGCGUUGGCCGAGGUCCUCGUGGCCGGAGACUACCGGGGGCACUUCAGCCACGGACUGAAUCGGCUACAGAUGUAUGUGACGGACAUUGAGAAGGGUGUUUGUCAGCCUUCCGGCAAGCCCGUGGUCGUCAACGAGCUAGCUGCCACCGCGCUUGUUGAUGGCAAGAACGUUCUCGGUCCCGUCGUAGGCAAAUUCUGCAUGGAGUUGGCCAUACAGAAGGCGCAGCAGGCUGGCAUUGGAUGGGUCGUUGCAAAAGGUUCCAAUCACUAUGGCAUUGCUGGUUACUAUAGUAUGAUGGCGUCUUCAAGAGGCAUGAUUGGCAUGUCGUGCACCAAUGCAUCUCCACUGGUGGCACCAUCUGGCGGAAGGAAGAAAUUCUUGGGAACAAAUCCGCUCAGCGUGGCAGCUCCUGGGAAGGAUGGUGACUCGUUUGUCCUCGACAUGGCGACGUCGGCUGUUGCAUUAGGAAAGGUGGAAAUGCAGCACAGAAAAGGGGAGCAGAUUCCAUCCGGGUGGGCAAUCAAUGGCAGUGGGGAGGUAACGAACAAGCCCGAGGAAGUAAUGAGUGAUGGUGCCUUGUUGCCACUUGGUGGAACCAUUGAAACGAGUGGAUACAAGGGCUAUGGUCUAGCCAUGAUGGUUGACCUGUUUAGUGGCGUUCUGAGUGGUGCUCACUAUGGCAACAACAUUCGAUCCUGGCUCAAUGUGAAAGACCCUGCAGACUUGGGCCAGUGCUUUGUGGCCAUCAACCCGGCAGCGUUUGCCCCCGGCUUUGAAGACCGGAUGCAGGACCUGAUGAACAUGGCGCGGUCGCAGGAACCGGCGACACCAGGUGUUCCGGUUCUGGUUCCCGGAGACCCAGAGAGGCAGCACAUGGCUAAAUGCGAUGCUCAGGGUGGGAUUCGCUAUCACGUCAACCAGAUACAGUUUGCGGAUGACGUUGCCAAAAAGCUUGGUGUCGAACCACCAAAAAGGAAGUGAAGGCAAGCAUCAUUUUGGUAAUGGAGCGAAAUGAUGGUGAAACGUAAUACCAUAAGUGAUACGUGUUGUACAAAGUGUGGGGGAUGGCCGUGUCUGUGUUGUCCCGGCCUGCAGUCCAGGGUGGCCACGCCUGCCACGGCAGCAGCAUCCAGCAGGGCGUCCAGAGUGGGCACUGGCCACGGCACGCGCCAUGAACCACAUGUGCCCCUCGUCGUCGUCUGUUCCUUCUCUGCCGCGUCCCUCUGGCAGCAUUAUCAUCAAAGUACAAUAAAUGUUUUAAGAAAAAUA